CGAAGACGACGACGACGAGACCAACGGCAAUCCAAUUCCCCACCAUCACCAACUCACGCCAUCCUUCCAAUUCUUCCGUUUGUUCGGUCGAAGAUCCAGCUUCAUUUCACCAAUCAUGGCUGAUGCUCCCCGUGGUGCUGCCCGUGGAGGUUUCGGUUCGCGCGGCGACCGUGCUGGUGAGCGAGGCCGUGGACGUCGUGGUCGUCGCGGACCCAAAAGCGACGAGAAGGAAUGGCAGCCUGUCACCAAGCUCGGUCGUCUCGUUAAGGCCGGAAAGAUUAGCAGCAUGGAGCAGAUCUACCUGCAUUCCCUGCCUAUCAAGGAAUAUCAGAUCGUCGAUUUUUUCCUGCCCAAGCUGAAGGAUGAGGUUAUGAAGAUCAAACCAGUCCAGAAGCAGACCCGUGCUGGUCAACGUACACGAUUCAAGGCCAUCGUCGUCAUUGGCGACUCGGAAGGCCAUGUUGGCCUCGGAAUCAAGACUUCGAAAGAAGUAGCCACUGCCAUCCGCGCCGCCAUCAUCAUCGCGAAGCUCUCCGUACUUCCCGUCCGCAGAGGAUACUGGGGCUCCAACCUCGGUGAGCCUCACUCGCUCCCUACAAAGGAGAGCGGAAAGUGCGGUUCCGUCACUGUUCGGUUGAUUCCCGCCCCGCGCGGUACAGGCCUUGUCGCCUCCCCCGCCGUCAAGCGCCUUCUUCAGCUUGCCGGUGUCCAAGAUAUCUAUACCUCCUCCUCCGGCUCCACCAAAACCCUCGAAAAUACCCUCAAAGCCACCUUCGUUGCCGUUGCGAAUACUUACGGCUUCCUCACCCCGAACCUGUGGAAGGAGACGAAGCUAAUCAGAAGUCCACUGGACGAGUAUGCUGAUGUGCUGAGAGAGGGGAAGAAGUAUUAAGCGUUUCUUUUUUUGUGCUUUGUUUUAUUGUUCUUUGUUAUUUCAUAUUACGGAUUCAUAACCAUUUUUCUUGUCAAUUGAAUCAAAUCAAAAUUUCAAGGCGUGGAUAAAAUAAACUUAGCAAAACCACCAUUUUUUCAUAGGAUGAAUAAAUGAUUUCAUCUGCUUAUUGACAUACUACACACGAACAUAGCUGGGUGCAAUUCCAUCACAAUUUCUUGCGGGACGCAUCAGAGUAUAUAUGUAGGAAAUAGGCAUUUCCACGGCAUAUUUCCUAGAAACCCGAAACCGUCAAUGAAUGAAUAAGUAAAACAAAAC